GGACCAGUCUAUCUGCAGCGUGCAUGGGCGCAGACUGCAGCGGGUAGAGCUUAGUGACGUCCCUCAGCAGCCCUCUCGCUACAAGAACACGACCUCAGCUAUCGAAGGAUCUGGGAUGCAGAUUAUGCUGUUUUACAAAAAUAACACGGGAUUCUCCUGCCAGGACACUGCGCUCUGAUGGGCUAUCACAUCAUAGUUAAUGCAACAAUGAAUAAUCCUCAUUCUACACCGAAACCCUAACCUAAGCUGCCACUAAACAGAAUCCUGUGUGAUGUCAUGGACAGUGUGAAGAUGGAAUCUGUCCCAAUUAAAGAGGAAUUCCCUGAACUUGUCCCCAUUAGAGUGGAGUUCUCUGGGCUGGCUUCCCUUCCCAUUAAACAGGAGCUCUGUGAAAUGGAAUGUGACAGCAGUCAGCCAGAGGUCACUGAGAUUAAAACUGAACACAAUGAGUUAGAGGUCCCACAGACAGAAGAUCUGCUUUGUGUUAAACAAGAGGUGCUGGAAAUUAAGCAGGAGCCGCUUGAAGUAGAGUUUGACCACAUGGAACCAGGGAAGGAAGAAUCAGAGGACUUGAAACCAAACAUCCCUGAGCUGGAGCCUGUAUGCCUCCGGGAGGGUAGCAUAGGGCUGGAGAGAGUCUGCGUGAGAGAGCAGGGCGUUAGGGAGGAAGGCUGUACCAACAGCACGCAGGAAGGUGGAAAGGAAGACGGACAGUCUAAUUCAGAAUACAGUCUAGCAGGUUCCAGUCCAGCAGCUAAAACGAGGGCGGGCGGUGGAGAAUAUCUUGACUGUUGGAAAGGAACUCUGAAAAAACACCAGCGAAUUCACAGAGGAGAAAAAACAUAUUGCUGCUUUGACUGUGGGAAGCAUUUCAGACAGUCACAACACCUGAAAACACACCAGCGAAUUCACACGGGAGAGAAACCGUAUCUCUGCUCUGACUGUGGGAAGAGUUUCCGAGAUUCAGGAGACCUGUGUCCUGAAUCACUGAAACUCUUCCCACAGUCAGAGCAGUGA